GAUUUGGCUACCCCGCUCUCAUUUCCUUCUCUUCACUUCAUUGAGGUGUCCUGCUGACGAGGGCGUUGAGGAUUGUUUCGGGAACUUUCGCGAUUUUCUCUAUGCUGAUCCCCUGAUGGCCCAUUAUAUCAAACACCUACGCCUAGGUGAUCUACCGUCCCUACGUGGCUCAUGGAUUCGAGACGAACGCCCCACAACAUGUCUUCAUACUCUAGCCGGCAUUCUUACUAGACUUCCAGCAUUGCAACGACUAGAUCUCUGCGACUUUCAUAUUAAGGUGGAGACACACUCUGCAUCGCCUCCGUUACUGACCCUAAGGCUGGACAAACUCACCAUGCACGAUGUUGGGGCUCCGACCGCACCUAUGCUCGGUAUUGCUGAUUUCCUUGGCUACUUCUCAGAAAUCCGACACCUCCAAAUUGGAAGGCUUUACAGUACUAUCUCAUGGUUUAAACUCGACGAUUUUGUUCAGGCGCUGACGGAAUAUGAAGCAAGCAGAGCAUCAGUGCCUUUAAAAGUUCAUACUCUGGAAUACUCGAGCACAGUUUGCUACUCUACUGAGCACGCGCUUCGUAUGUUAGGCUCGAUCCUUUCAGCUGCCAGUACCACACACCUGGCGGUCAACUUUCACAACUGGGAAACAUGGAGGGGAUUCGGGCACUUUCUCUUGGCGCAUCCUGGAGUGCGCCACCUUGACCUGGACCUUUCCGACUUUUUGUCCCGCAACCCAAAUGCUGACGUUCUCAAUUUGAAUAACUGCGGGAAAUUGGCAAGCAUUAAUCUGGAUAUCAAAAUCUUGGGUCAUGGAAACGAAGCUCAACGAAACAACCAAGCGGCUAUCCAGGCGGUCUUAGGCAUACUUUCAACCACGUCAACAGAGAGUCUCACUUUCAUCACAAUCGACAUUCGGCUCUCGUCUUGUAUGGUGGACGACUUCACGUCCGCCAUGGAUUGGCCUAGAUUGAUACAAGUCCUCGAUAGACAUCAAAAUCUGGAACGGGCCGCCUUAGUUUUUGAAGGUGACAUGUUCACAUUGCAGGAAACCGUCUUCAAAUGUGUCCAGGUUGUGAACAGCCAUCCACAACAUCAACAACUCCAGCGUGUAAAAUUAGCUGCUUACAUUGGUGAAGCCGCCGCAAUCCCAACGACAUAUCUAGGUGUAUAGUCAUGAACGAGAAGUGCAUGCGUUCAUCGUUAUCAUGCCUUUGACUUCACUGAUUAUCUCGGCCGAUCUUACUGACUCCAAUGUACAUGUAUUUUAUUCGAAAUAUCCCAUCUAAUGUAAAUGUUCAUGUUUACGAUAUAGGGACCUUAGGAAAUUCUCUUGACGACUCGGAUGCUCGCGAAUGCCACUUGAUCGGAUGAUAGUCCUGCAGUAUGAGUCCCUACGAGAAAGUCACAAUCCUUCGCAUGUUUGAAAAUGCAUCGGGUCUCUCUGGGUGUUUAUAACCAUCUCAAUCACACGAUAAACUGAUGCUGGACAUGUUGAUUCCAUUCUCCAAGGGUGCUCAAUCGUCUGUCGAGCAGUACAUCUAGGACGCCGAAGACUCAGGAGAGAGGAGGCAAUCUAUGACCUUUUCCCUUCAAUGUUGGGCCGUAGUACUUAUUUACACUCUCA